CUCUAUAGGGUGGAGUUCAAAGAACACAAGAUUGAGAAGAUUGCUAGUAAUGGUGGUUCGAUCUGUAACAGGGUGCAUAGUUUAACCAACUACAAUGAUCAUGCAAUAGCAUUCAAUGACACUGGAGAUUGCAAGGUCAAGGUCAUUAAUCCUGCCACAAAAGAAUGUUUCGUGCUGGUUGGUGACGGACAGGGCACAAGGGAUGGAAGCAAGGCACAGCUCUCUCAGCCAACAGGAAUAUGUUUUGACAUGAAAACGUUGUUUACUGUGGACACAUCGACAGGUGCACUCCGAAUGACGAGCAAUGUCAACAGUUUAGUGGAGUAUUUGAAGUACCUACAUUUGUUCGGAGAGACAUUUGGACUUCACCCUAAAAAGGAAGCUCCUCUCGCCAUCGAGAUGACGCCAGCAAUA